CUCGAGGUCCUCCACAUCAGCCACAACCAGAUCCAGGACCUCUCUCCGCAGGCUUUCCACAAUGCCUCCUACCUGCGGCACCUCGACAUGUCCUCCAACCACCUGCGCGCAGUCGAGACCCACUACUUCGACACGCUGGUGAGCUUGGAGGAGCUGCUGCUCUACAACAACCGCAUUCAGCGAGUGGCUGAAAACGCCUUCGCCAAGCUGAGCGGCCUGCGGAAGGUCUACCUGAGCUGGAACAACCUCACCACCUUCCCCUUCCGCUCAGUGCAGGGGCUGGGCAACUACGGCCUCCGCACGAUUGGCUUGUACCUGCACAACAACCCUGUGAGGUGCAGCUGUCCGCUCUACCUGAUGCUCCAGCGCUGGAAGAAGCAAGGUUUCAGCUCCGUGAAGGACUUCUUUGAGGAACACACCUGCAAGGUGUCUGACAACGUGCCCCGGUCCCUGAUCAAGCUCCUCAAAUACAGCCACAUGUUUGAGAACUGCUCGGCAGGCCCCGAAGAAGUGCACCCUGUGCCCUUCCCUGUGGUGGUGGGCCAGGCCCUCCUGCUCACCUGCAACACCAGCCUGCCGGGCACGGCCACCACCUACAUGUGGAUCUCCCCUCACCACGAGCCCAUCAAACACCCAGGGAACAGCAACCGCUCCUUGGAGGUCUACCACAAUGGCAGCCUGAAGAUCACAGCAGCCAAGCCCUGGCACUCGGGGGUCUAUGUGGGCUUGGCCAUCGACAGCCCCCACAAUUUCAGCAGGCUGUGCGAAGUCAACGUGACGGUCCAUUACCCCAAGCCGGAGGGGGAGAUCUUCAGCACCGGCCUGACGACCCUCCUGGGGUGCAUCGUGAGCCUGGUGCUCGUGAUCAUCUACCUGUAUCUCACGCCCUGCCGCUGCCUGAGCUGCUGCAAGAAGCCAGCUCCUCUCAGCCCCCCACAGGAGUGCAGUGCCCAGUCCUCCUCCAUCCUCAGCACCACCCCCCCCACCACCGAUGGGCCACACCGCAAGGUCAGCGCCAACAAGCACGUGGCCUUCCUCGAGCCCGUCAGGGAGACACAGAACGGGAAGAUCCGCCUGGCCCUCGGCGAGGACCUCCCUGACCCCAAGCACCCCAAGGUCCUGCAGCUCAAGUCGGACUCGGAGUCCAUCAGUUCCGUCUUUUCUGACACCCCCAUUGUGUCGUAG